AUGACGCGAAUAUCGAAGACUUGCUUCGCCCCAGCCUUUGCCUUGCCGAUUCGUUUUAGAGCCAAACUUUAUGUUGUAUGCAGCUUGUUCUGUCAUGAGUGGCUCAACACCCUGCGGAGUGGGGGGGCGCCUCAGCUUCGGGUCUGCCAAAGAGUGUGGACGAUCCAAGCUCGAAUCCCGGCGGGGCUAAAUAUCCCAGCUUGGGCCGGCAGCAAAGACGGAACGGAAAGACAGCCACGUUCGGCCGGCAAAAAAGAAAUGGAGGCUGCGAUGGCAACUACUUCGGCUCGUCGGAAUCGGCUCACCAACAGGUCUGUGGACAAGCAAGCGACCGGUUACGUACACAUCGGUCGGUAG